AUGGGUUUCAACAUCUAUGACGAGCUGCCGGAGGCUACGUCACCGUCCAGGUACCAUGGCACGUCCAAGUACCAUGGCACCGACAAGCAGGUCCUGGCCGAAAUUUUUCUGCAACAUGCAAUAGGUGGAGUCUUACCAGUGACUCCCUGGUAUGCUGCAAGCAAGUCCUUAGCGCGCGAGUUCCCCGAGCAGCUCGGAUGCUUGGACGAUCCUGCAAUCCUCGGACGUGUCUUCCAGAUGAUCGACGACAACCAUGAUGGGAUCCUGGAUGAGGACGAGUUCGUGAGUGGCAUCUACGAGCUUCUGCACCCCACUACCGAAGAGGCCAAGACACUCAGCAAUCGCAUUGCGAAAGCAGUUCUCCGACCAGUUGAUAACGACUUUGGUCAUGUCCAGUCCGUCGCCAUAAUCGGCGCCGGUGUCGCCGGACUGCAGGUGGCCCGAAGGCUCAUGGAGAUUGGGAUCUCUUGCACAAUCUUCGAGAAGUCCGAGAAUGUCGGGGGCGUUUGGCAGAAGAACUAUGCGGACUUCGGCCUUCAAGUUCCCAAAGAGCUUUAUGAGUUCCCUGACUUCCCCUACCCUGACGACUUCAAGUGCGACCUCUUCCCCACCGGGCCAGAGGUUCAGUCAUACAUCGAGCUUUAUGCGAAAACCUUCAAGCUCUACGAAGUUACACAAUUCAAGACCGUCGUCCUCGAGCUACAGCCGAAUGGCGGGAAGCGCGGCUGGACGGUGGUCUUCGAGAAGGGAAAGCAGCGUUCCUACAAAGCCUUCGACUACCUGGUGGUGGCGACUGGAAUGUAUAGCUGGCCACCGCACAUGCCAGUGGCUCGAGGAUCCUCGAGGUUCAAUGGACAGAUCCUUCACUCUUGCACCUUUACCGAUCGCAAGGUUGCCUCGGGCAAGAAGGUUGUCGUCGUGGGGGGUGGGAAGUCUGCAAUUGACAAUGCGGUCGCUGCCGCCAAGGAAGGCUCCAAGACCACGCUUGUCUGCAGGUCCUGGCACUGGCCAGUGCCACGUUACUUGCUGAACCUGGUCCCUUUCAAGUACGCGACCUACAGCCGCUUCGGACACUGGUUCUUGCAUCCUCACCACGAAGAAGGUGCCGCUGCGACAUGGCUUCAUGGUACGUGUGCUCCGGUGAAGUGGCUGUGGUGGCGUGCUGUGGAGCUCAUGUUCCGUGGCCAGUUCCAACUUCCCAGGAGCAUAACUCCUGAGGAAGGGAUUGAGACAGACCUGUUCAGUGGCGGCCAGAUCCUGAACUAUGAGUUCAGAGACAUGGUCAAGUCCGGGCAAAUCCAGACCGUUUGUGGCUCAAUCGACAAGUUCACUGAGACAGGUGUCGUACUCGUCGAUGGGAGCCAGCUGGAUGCAGACCUGGUGAUUUAUGGCACAGGCUUCGCGAAGAACUAUGACGUCUUCGAUAAGGUCAUCCAGAGUAAGCUGAACAUUCAGAAGGAUGGCCUCUACCUCUACCGCAACAUCAUCCCCCCUCGCGUGCCGGAUGUGGCCUUCAUUGGUUGCGAGGUGUCCACCUUCAACAACAUCUUGUCGCAAGGGCUCCAGGCCCUUUGGCUUCAGAAGAUGCUCUCUGGGCAAAUGCAGCUGCCGAAACCAGGUUCCAUGGAGUUUGUGAUCCAGAAGGAGCAAGCUUGGAAGCGCACCUGGAUGCCACCAGCAAGUUCGCGCGCAAGCUUGUACCAGCUUCACAUGACCAAGUACCACGACAUGCUGGUGCAGGACAUCGGUGGGCAGCGUUUCCGCAAGAUGCCGAACUGCUUCGGGGAGCUCUUCAUGCCCUACACGGCUAGGGACUUUGCCAGCCUCUUUCCAAGAGGCUCAAAGUAA